CACGCGUUCACUAACGAGAGCUUGGACCGUGCCUUUUCACGCACCUUCCCAUUUCCCAAUUAACGCUAUAGCUGAAAACUCGAGUCAGAAAAUUUCAUCUCCUUUUUUCAAUCUUCAAGCUGAUCGAGCUCAAAAUUUGUUGAUUUUUCGGAACAGAAAAUGCUGGGCCGUCUCGCUUCGCGGCGCCUUCUUGAGAUCCGUCAAGCUUUCCGUCAGCUUCCCCAGGCAUCGAGAUCGUUGUCGACUGCUUUGAACUACCAUAUUGAUAGCCCGGAUAAUAAAGCAGACCUGCCAUGGGAAUUCACUGACGCGAACAAAGAGAAGCUCGAUAAAGGCUCGAGUCCGAGCUCGAGCAUCAGUAGUUUGGCUCGGUUCGUUUACACCUUUGGCCCUGUUAAGGAGAUAUUAUCCCACUAUCCGUCUAACUAUAAGCAAUCUGCUGUCAUUCCUUUGCUUGAUCUUGCACAACAACAGAAUGGAGAGGCGAUUUCUAUACUCCUUUUCCAAACGAUGAUAUCUGAAACUGCUCCUGUGGGACAGCUUUAUUUGCCACCUCAGGUAGCUAAAGUCAUUGAAGUUGCUCCAAUUCGUGUAUAUGAAGUGGCAACAUUUUAUUCGAUGUUCAACCGAACAAAGGUUGGAAAAUACCAUCUUUUGGUAUGUGGUACAACUCCUUGCAUGAUACGGGGUUCUAGAGAAAUUGAAGAAGCAUUGCUGAACCACUUGGGAGUAAAGCGCAAUGAAGUAACUAAGGAUGGUUUGUUUUCUGUUGGAGAAAUGGAGUGUAUGGGAUGUUGCGUAAAUGCUCCCAUGAUAACGGUUGCUGACUACUCCAACGGAUCCGAGGGUUACACCUAUAAUUAUUUUGAAGAUGUCACUCCAAAACGAGUUGUUGAGAUUGUCGAGGCUUUGAGAAGAGGGGAGAAGCCACAGCGUGGUACACAAAAUCCGAAACGUAUAAACUCCGGUCCAGAGGGUGGGAACACUACAUUGUUAGGUGAGCCCAAGGCUCCUCCAUGUCGGGAUCUUGAUGCAUGCUGAGCAUGGUGAUUUUUUUAGUUAGUUUGUCUCUAAUAAUGAUGAAAACUUCGUUUGUAAGCCGAGGAUUAUUUGAACGAUUUUUCAGAUGUUAUUUCAUUUUUAUUUUUUUUGGCUCGUCGUGCUCGGGCAUGAAUGUGAUGAGUUCAAAAUUCUUAAUCAGUAUCAAGGUCCUGAUUAGUGGUGUAUUUUUUAUUUGUAUAUUUCAUAGUAAUGUGGCAAUUCACAUAAAAAAUAAAAAUAAGAAUUGCACUCAAUUUUUUGAAGAGACAUGAUUCUUAAGA